GCUCCGAACCGAGAAGGAGGCGCGCGCUCCGGCUGCACUCGCUGUGAAAUGCUGCUGUAGCAGCGGGUCGUGUCGCUGUUGACGCUUUUCUCGGACGGAACCAAAGAACCUGGGAUACUUUUUGAUUCUCUGAAGUCCACCUGAGUCGGAACCGCGAGGACGAGAUGGAAAGUGAAAAGUACUUACCGGAGCUUUUAGCGGAGAAGGACACGCUGGACCCGUCCUUCGAGCACAGCCUGCGCCUGCUGGAGCAAGAAAUCGAAAAAAUCCAGAGAGACGAUGACAAAGACGAGGAGAAAUUCAUCGACGUCGUUAUCAACAAGAACAUGAAACUGGGCCAGAAAGUUUUAAUACCCGUCAAGCAGUUUCCUAAAUUCAACUUUGUCGGCAAACUCCUCGGGCCACGUGGGAACUCGUUAAAGAGACUACAAGAAGACACCCUGACAAAGAUGUCAAUUCUGGGAAAAGGGUCCAUGAGAGACAAAGAAAAGGAAGAAGAACUGCGACAGAGCGGCGAGGCCAAAUAUCAGCACCUGAAUGAAGACCUGCACGUUCUCAUCGAGGUAUUCGCCCCCCCAGCCGAGGCGUACGCCAGGAUGGGUCAUGCUCUGGAGGAGAUCAAAAAGUUUCUCAUACCAGAUUACAAUGAUGAGAUCAGACAGGCCCAGCUGCAGGAGCUCACAUACCUAAACGGUGGAUCAGAAGAAGCCAAGGUGCCGUCGGCCAGGGGCAAGUCAUCCGCCCGUGGCAGAGGAACACCUGUUCCAGGGCCCCCCAGGACUCGUGGAGGAGUCCCCCCCCUGCAUGCAGUAGUGCCUCGAGGAGCAGCACCCAGAGGAGCCCCUCCCAGCCGGGCACCUUCUUCCAGAUCAAGAGGGGUUCAGAGAGCCCGAGGGGUCAGCUACAGGUCUGCACCUCCCAUUGUCCAGGACACAUACGGUGAAUAUGACUACGAUGAUGGCUACGGAACAGCUUAUGAUGACCAAGGAUAUGAAUCAUAUGACAACAACUACAGUAAUCAAGGACAGAACUCAGACGACUACUACGAAUACGAAGAGAGCGGCGAAUCGUAUGAUUCAUAUGGUCAGGAAGAGUGGGCAAACAGUCGAGGCAAGGCUCCAUCGGCGCGAACGACCAAGGGGGUGUUCAGAGACCAGCCGUACUCCAGAUAUUGAACUGUUUAUACAAGCCAUGCCUGACUCCUCAUGCCUGGUUCAACCCAAGUAAUGGAUUUUUUUUGUACGGACGUUGCUACCUUUUUAGAAUUGAGAACUAAACUACAAAAUAACUCAAGUAAAUCCUGAACCCAAAAUGUUUUUUUCAGUAAUGGAAUCCUGCCUCUUGAACAUAAACCAGACUCUUGACUGGGUAAACUGUAAAACCCUUUAGGUAAACUGACAGUCCCUCACCCCUAACGGAGGCUCAACUGGAUGUUC